CGCGUUCAUGCGAAAACCUUAAAAACUGUGUAAUUUUUCCAACGCAACGUUUCGUAAUUUUAGUCAAGUCUGCCUUAUCUCUCGCACCAUGGCGUCUGGUGAGUGUUUCUCUUUCAGAUGAAUCUACAAUACUUAUCGUACGAAUCGUAAACCUGUCGUUCGACCCGAUGUUUUUAUUUAUUCACUCGAAACAAGUCGCGUCGAGACUUUCGUUUUUUCGUUUACUUUUCUCGAAGAUAAAUUCCUCGUGAAUAUAUACGUAUAUACAACCGAGUAAAAAAUUGUUAAUCGAAUCUAAGAUCGGUGUAUCUUUUUAAGACCCGAGUCUUGCAAUAAUAGAGUUUAUAUAUGUCCAAAGUCAAUUAACCUUGAAUACUAUAUUGCGUAUACGACACUGUGACUGCGAUAAACAUAUUACACACAUGACUAUAAAACAGAUUUAAUCUCGUCGGACAAAAUACACAAAUUUUAACGUUACGAUCGAACGUCACGUUUCAAUUUAAUAUAUUUUUGUAAAAAUCGUAAAAUAUCUUUGCACGGAUAGAAAGCCAGAACCCGUUGCGCACAAAUUUGCGAUCGCAAUUCGAAUAAUUGCACCUCAAUCUCGGGAAAUUAUGUUUUUUCUUCGGUAACUUCCGGUUCGGUAUCAUUCCCGAUGACAAAUCUCAUGCACAACGAUAGAACAACGAUAUCGCAUGUCACUGGCAAUUUUACACCGCUUUGUUAUUUGCAAAAUUCAAAGAUGAAAAAUAGUAGUUUGCCUAUUUCUUAGCGGCUAUUUAACGAACCAAGUUUUUUCCUCGUUCGAACGAUGAAAUGAAUAUCCAUUAUUUUCGAGUGACCUUAUUGCGCAAAUUCUUAUGCAAGGAAGAUACAAAUUCUUUUUUUUUUUUUUUUUUUUUUCAAAAUUUUGAUAUUUUACAAAUAAUUAAUCAGCAACGUUGCUUCAUUUUGACAUAAACUGGUGAUUCUAGAAGAUAUUUACAGGUAGAGCAACGAAGAUCCAGUGAAUGAAAAGCGUAGAAUAAUACGGGAAGAUUCGUUGAAUGUCGAGCAACGAGUGCAACCGGAAAAGCAACAUAGUAUUUAAGAAAAAUGCAAGAGUUCCGUGCAACUGUGGAUGGGAGGUGAGAUUCGGUUAUGGUGUCGCGGUUACCCUGGCCAUCUUCGAGGCAAAACGGUUUUUCAUGUUGAUCCUGGAGAUAUUCGCCGAAUGGCAGAUCAUUCGAUUCGCUGGUGGUCUGCGACCAGUCGUAUUUACCUUGACGAACGUCAGCUUGGGUCUGCCGACUGCUCUGAUCACGGUCCGUAAUAUACGGAAACGAAAGGUGCCACAUUGUUGCGCGAAAAAAAGACGAACACUGCAAUGCCUGCUUAUAGUGAUCGCGAUAUGCGCCAUAAUGAACGCCGCCACCAUAGUCUCCAUAGGAUAUCACAUAAGCGUCAGGCAGGAGACACUGAUCGAUAUUUUCAACAAUUCGAUGCACUUGUACGCGAGUACAGCAUCGCACAAGUACGCGAUCGACGAGAUACAGUUCAUCUUUCAGUGCUGCGGCCAUUCCUCUUACGCAGAUUGGUUCCUCUUUGACUGGCAGGGUGUGGAUUAUGCCUCGCGAGAGGAAAUGGCAAUUCACAGUCCGAUAUCCGACGAAGAAUAUAGGGACAAAAGUGUCCCGUUUAGCUGCUGCAAUUUACAUGCAAUGUCACCGUGCGAGCACACGCAAAUAUCGGAAAACGAUAUCAGAACUAUAAACAUGAAUGGUUGUGUCGAAGUCAUGAGUCCUGUUAUUCUCAGGAUCGUGAUCGUGGCCUAUGUCAUGACCAGCACAUUGGUGAUCAUUCAGUUUUUUUUAGCUUUUUUAAUCUCAAAGAUGAUACGGAAACUUUUAUGCGGGACGUGUCGCAUGUAUCAUUUUCCCAAGUCCUUUGCCAAUGAGUCUACCAGCGCGUCGUUGGAUAGCUCAAGUUCAGAGACGGAAAGGCGCUCAAGCACAUCCUCCUCGAACUGGGAAUCACGGCAUGCGAAGAAACGCGAUAAACGUAAACGAAUCGAUAAACAAGUGUCGACGAAAAGCAUCUCUUUUAAACGUAAAGACAGCUUGAAAAGGGAUUUGAACACCUCCUCUUCACCGUUCGAUUCUUCGCCGAAAAGUGGGAAACGUUCUACCCGUUUCAGUAAGAUUUUCGGUGCCGCCAGGAUCAAACCGAGCGCCCACGAGCAACACACGAUAUCCAAAAAACGAAUGUACGACGAUGAAACGCGUUGACAAAUUUACGAUUCGCAUGUUCCGUCCCAUCCGUGUAAAUCAUACCGCGUCACAAUGGAUAUUUUUUUACGACCAUUUAGAUGGAUUUAUUAAGAUUUAAAAAAGAAAAAGAAAAAAAAAAA